UCGGCGAAAAACGAGGAAGUGAGAGGGAAAGAGAGUGCCCCGGGUACCUGUCUCCGUGGCAUCGAUCAGGUCUGUGUAGCGGUCAUCAGAGCAGCUCAGCGAUCAGCCAUGGUGAGAGCCGGAGGAAUCAUCAAGCUUGCAGUGGUGGUGUUGGUCUUCUUCUUUGCCGUCUUCCUUGCCUUCCAGCUCCUGGAGAUAAAUGUGGAUUUUAACCUUGGAAAUAUAUUUGCACGGAAUGCACCCUUUGAAGAUGGCCCCACCAGACCUCCCCGGCACAAGUGCGGCCUUUCCAAACCCUGUCCCGAGGGACACUUCGCCUUCAAGAUGGCCAGCGGAGCUGCCAGCGUGGUGGGGCCCAAAAUAUGCCUGGAGGACAACGUAUUGAUGAGUGGAGUGAAGAACAAUGUGGGAAGAGGAAUUAACAUUGCCUUGGUGAACGGAAAGACCGGCGAGCUCAUUAAGACGGACUUCUUUGACAUGUGGGCAGGAGAUGUCAACGUUUUGCUAAAGUUCCUGAACACCAUCGAGGAGGGGACUGUGGUGAUGAUGGCCACCUUCGAUGACUCGGCCACAAAGCUCAACGCUGAGGCCAGGAAGUUGAUAUCAGACCUAGGCAGCUCCAACAUCAACUCGCUGGGCUUCAGGGAUAACUGGAUCUUCGUCGGAGGAAAAGGCAUCAAAACCAAGAGUCCAUUUGAGCAGCACAUAAAGAACAACGCGGAGACCAACAAGUACGAGGGCUGGCCAGAGGUGCUGGAGAUGGAGGGCUGCAUCCCCGAAAGACAAGAGUGACCUCCGACCCCCUGACCUAUGAACUGCCGAAAACCCCACUAAUCACAUACCAUGCAACCUGGCGCUCUUCCCCACUGUCGGGAGAGCCAGGAGAGGAUUUUGCUUUUACUUUGGAAUCCAAGGAGAGGCCCAGAGAUCACUAUCUUUCUCUCUCUCUUGCGUGUAUAUUUGGUAUAUUUCCAGAGAGAGGGGCUAUGCGGAUACAGGCUCAUCAAACCCCACGUUGUUUUUCAGCACCAAGUUGAAGGAAACAGAACGCAGACACCAAAUCACUGUGAAGUCACUGUUGAAAAAUGGCUUUUAAGUAUGUAAAUGUGACCAAAAAGUGGAGUAAUUGUUAACUUAAUGUAAGGAAAAUUCGUGUUGUAUAGUCCAGGCUUUUAAGAAGGCUAGAAGUCGUGUGAUUUUUUUUCGCGAUGUUAAUAUGUACUUGGGCUGUUCUUAAUACUUUUAUGAAAUCUGUAGUUGCGGAAGAGUUUUUAAAAAUAUUGUUUGUUUGGAGGCUUGCCUCUGAAGAGCCCUUUGGGACUGAUUGCUACAACAGUUGUUUGAUGGGUAAACGGCAGAGAAACACUCCUUCUCGCUGCCGAUUUGCAUUCUCGACAUAGUUAUCGACAUAGCGCCCAUCGGGAAUUGCUGCUGUGGGAGCAGCCACAAAAUGAGGGAACGAGAUGUAACACCUAAAAAAAAGAAUCAUUGGUGUGCUCUUUACUGCCAAAACACUAAACAAAUGACCACUUUCAGAGCAAAUUUACAAUAUGUUUUUUUAAUGCCCUGCUAUGUAUAACUUGAGUGUAACAACACUAUUUAAAAUGGUCGAAGGGGCAUUCAUUUUAAGUACCUGAUCAGGGGUGUACCAAAUGCAUGAUAGGGAUUGGCUCCCUCUUAGGAAGGGUUCAUGCUCAGCCAGAUGCUUCAGGUUCUGUGAGUUGGACUCUGCCUUGCUCUGACGGGCCCACAUGCUGCAGAGACUGUUAUAAGACCCAGGGGAGGUUGUAUGCAACAGCGGAUGCUGACUGCCAUCGUGUAAUGGAAUGUUUCCUUUUGGUCAGCCUCUCACGCUGUUAAGCAUAUUAGCAGGGGUAGAGGGAUAAAUAGCUAGAAUAAAUAGCAUGUUUGCCUGGAUCCUGGCAGGCUCGCUAGCUUGGGAUCCAGGAUACCUUAAAUGUUUGUUGCUUUUUCUAGGAAAAUUACAAAGUACUAAAUUGUAACUACAUUGUAAACUAGACUUUCUAGCUAGCUAACCGGUUAAUGCCAGGGGUAAGCCUGGCAGUGCAGCAGGGUGUUUGACCGUCACACAGGCAAGGGCAGAGCUAUGCUAAUCAAUAUCACCAGCAUUGCCCCGGGCUCCACAGCGUGUGUUACACUGCAGUUAGACUGGAUAUUACCACGGGUGUCUGAAGGCCACAAAGUAAUCAUUACUAUCUUCAGCCUCUUGUACCAUGUGUCUGGAGAGAUGGAAAACUGAAAGGGGGGGGG